CACCUGAGCAGGCUGUUGGGUUUCAGAGCAGAGAGGUAUUCCAUGGUGGAAGGAAGGAGUAGGGGAGGUUGCCUCUCCCAGUUUGUGUUCAGGGCUGGGUUGUUCUCUGCCGUGCUGGGCUGAAAUGGCGAUGUUUUCUGUUACAAAACUAGGAUCUCAGCCCUGGUGAGGUGGGGGAUGAGUCAAGCUCGGACUCUGCCCCCCCCCGCCUGGUCAGUAAGAAGGACAAAGUCCAGUGGCAGGGAGAGGGGGAGGGACCUAGAUGGGGUUGUGGAGGAAGGAUUGAGGCCCAGUCAUCCAGAAAAAGCCACUGAAGCUUCUGUAUGCAUUUCUGGUGGGGGCACAUAUUGUGAGAGUGAACUGGAGCUGUAUAAGAGGAUGGAAUGUGACCUCUGGUGUUUUAUUUCUUUGGAGAGCAUUUCUAUGGACAGUCUGUGGCUCCUAUCCUCUCAGAACCUGCACUGUAUGAAAUCUGCACUUACGUACUGCCACCCACUGGAAGAACUGUGCAGCUGUGAUGGACAGUUGCCUGGGAGCACAGACUCUCACUAAUAGUGAACCACUCAAACAAGUGCAAGCAUCUCUGCUUUCCUGCCUAAAGCCUUGUCUGAAGUCAUGGCAGCUCACUCAACCCCUGACAGCCCCUUACAGGGCAGAAGGAUGCCGGUCUGCUACCGUCCCCCAGGGAACGAGACACUGCUGAGCUCGCAGUCCUCGCGGGCCACAGGCACGGCCUUCCUGCUGCUGGCGGCGCUGCUGGGUCUGCCAGGCAACGGCUUCGUAGUAUGGAGCUUGGCGGGCUGGCGGCCUGCGCGGGGGCGACCGCUGGCUGCCACGCUCGUGCUGCACCUGGCGCUGGCCGACGGCGCGGUGCUGCUGCUCACGCCGGUCUUCGUGGCCUUCCUGGCGGGGCGGGCCUGGCCCCUAGGCCAGGCGGGCUGCAAGGCGGUGUACUACGUGUGCGCGCUCAGCAUGUACGCCAGCGUCCUGCUCACCAGCCUGCUCAGCCUGCAGCGCUGCCUGGCCGUCACCCGCCCCUUCCUGGCGCCCCGGCUGCGCAGCCCGGCCCUGGCCCGCCGCCUACUGCUUGCCGUCUGGCUGGCUGCCCUGCUGCUGGCCGUCCCGGCCGCAGUCUACCGCCACCUCUGGAGAGACCAGGUGUGCCAGCUGUGCCACCCGUCGCCGGCCCACGCCGCCGCCCAUCUGAGUCUGGAGACCCUCACCGCCUUCGUGCUGCCCUUCGGGUUGGUGCUCGGCUGCUACAGCGUGACGCUGGCGCGGCUGCAGGGCAGCCGCUGGGGCGCCAGGCGACACCGGCCGCGGGUGGGCCGGCUGGUGAGCGCCAUCGUGCUCGCCUUCGGCUUGCUCUGGGCCCCCUACCACGCGGUCAAUCUUCUGCAGGCGGCCGCCGUGCUGGCGCCGCCAGAAGGGACCUUGGCGAAGCUCGGCGGGGCGGGCCAGGCGGCUCGCGCCGGAACUACGGCCUUGGCUUUCUUCAGCUCUAGUGUCAAUCCCGUGCUCUACGUAUUCACUGCCGGGGAUCUGCUGCCCCGGGCCGGUCCGAGUUUCCUCACCCGGCUAUUCGAGGGCUCCGGGGAGACCCGAGGGGGCGGCCGCUCUAGGGAGGGAACCAUGGAGCUCCGAGCUACCCCUCGGCUAAAAGUGGUGGGGCAGGGUGGGGGCAAUGGGGACCCCGGGGGCGGAGUGGAGAGGGACAGUCUGAAAUGGGACCUUUGACAUCAAACCCUACAGCAGGGCCUGCUCUUCCCCACCUCCUUUGGAUCCCCCGUAACUCAGGGAACCACUCGCGAGCAUUUGGGGGACACUUCUCAGACCACAGUUUUGGAUCUGGAAGGGCAGAAUUGUUAUAUACUUGGGGCAGGCCCAGUUUCCUCUAAACAGAGGGAUUGCCGGGGUGGUGAUGGUCCAUGUUAAUGAAUAUUGUGUGCUUGCAGGUUGGCAUGUGCCCAUGUGCCAGCACUUCUUGCUUGCUGCCAGUAGCUAUUAUUGUGAAAUGCAUCAGGCAGCCAUGGCUUGAGUGUGCGCCCUCUGCUGGCUGGUCAUGCCUGAGUUGAACUGAAGCCACCUGGUUCCCUGGUUGUGGGUCAGGCUAGGGCUGGGCAGUGCCAGCCUUCAGUGACAUUUUGAACUGCCCUUCCCAGCCAAGGGGACAGGUUCCCCCAGGACAAACCAUAGAACCACUCUGAAAACAAAUGGAGAAAGAAGCAGGAAAGGUAUGGGAGCUUGAAUGAGAGGUGGGGAUGGAGAGCCACUCUGGGGCAUGUAAGAGCUGACUGGGGGGAAAUGCUGGCCCUGGAAAGGGAAGAUCAAUCUGCAGGGUUUGAAAGGAAAGUUUUCCUGUCUGUCUUGUGGUUGGUAGAGUGGGGAAGGGGGAAAACAGGGAGUGGACAAUUAUGUAGAGGCACUGGAGUCUGAGACUCAUCUUCCUCUCCAACCAUCUGCUCCACCCCUCCCCAAGACCACCCAACUUGGAGGGACCCCAGCCAGCCACUCACCCAACCAGCGGAAGUUUGGGGGUUGAGGACAAGAGAGUAAGGGGAACAGCAUGGAUAUCUGGAGAACAGGAAGAAUUUUCCAGGGUGAUGCCACCUCUCUUUUCUCUCCUCUUUCUCUCUGCCAAGCCUCGGCUCCUUCUCCCAAGGCUGCUAGUUAUUCUUUACUCCACCCCGACGCUCCUCAGCCCCCAUCAUUUUGAACCUCUCUAUCUCUAUGUCAAAAGUCUUCUGUGUCCUGGCACUUUUGAGGUUGGCAAUGUAGGAGAAGGUUCUUUUCAGGAAACAUCCAUGUGCACACACAUGUAGUCACUAGAGUGACAAAUUGGUCCCAGUUUCCUGAGGACUUUCCCAGUUUAUCAUUGAAAAUUCCACAUUGCAGGACCCCCUUGAGUCCCUGGAAAACUGAGGCAGUUGGUCACCUUGCCUAUUACCCAAGUCUUUGUUUUAGUGACUGUCCACACCCCCAGCAGAGGCCGAGAGAACCAAAGGAGGCCAAAGGAAAUCCAGUCCCUAGGGUCAUGCCAGGGCCACUGUGCAGCUUAAAACUAGGUUUGGGCUGGAGAUCUGAACUCGGGGGCAAGGAGUGUGCUUAGAGUGUCUGUUUAGUCCUGGGUGAGGGAAGAAAAUCCAUUGAGGGAGAUAGGGUGGGAGGCAGCUCAGGAGACGAGCUAAAGACAAAUCCAGCUUCUGUCUGAAGGGGUCUUCUUCCCUAAAAAAACAGACUGUCCUCACAUACUGGGACAGAGGUUCCCUAGUUUCCUGUUACAUAUUGGCCAUCUCACACACCCUUUGUGGUCAGAAAGCCCUUCCUCAACUCUGACCUCAGUUCUUGCUGCGGUUUCAGCCUAUUUCUUUUCAUCAUAUCC